AUGGAUAAAACAAUAAUCCCAAUUGCAUACAGUGCAGACCAAACAUACACAGGCGCUGGAGAACCUCCUUUCUAUCAACCUCUCUUAAGAUUAUUUAAUAAAGAAUGGAACUAUAGCAAGACAAACCUUAUAGGAAAAGUAGCUAUAGUUACAGGUGCCAACGAUGGAAUAGGAAAAGAAUCUGCCAUUGAUUUAGCCAAGCGAAAUGCCACUGUCAUCAUUGCCUGUCGUGACUCUGAAAAAUCAAGACAAGCACUAGAGGAUAUUCGUCUUGCGUCUGGAAGUGACAAAGUUACUUUGGAGUAUGUAGACUUUGCCAGUCUACAAAGUGUCAAGGACUUUUAUACAGCUUUUAUUGCCACCCAUAAAAAUUUACAUCUGCUUAUUAACAACGCAGGAGUAUUCAAUACGACUCGCAAAGAAACCGUGGAUGGGUUUGAAGGCACCUUUGGCGUCAACCAUGUUGGUCCGUUCUUGUUAACCGAGCUCUUAUUGCCUACUCUUAUUGCAUCCAAGCCUUCAAGGAUUAUCAAUGUCGGUAGUGCUGGAAUGCGAUGGGCUACCAUCAAUUUCGAUGAUAUUCAACUUGAAAAGAAUUUCUCAGGGUUCGGUUCCUAUGGUCAGUCAAAGCUGGCAAAUGCUCUCUAUGCAUAUCAUUUGAGCAGAAGAUUAUCAGGCAAAGGUGUUACAGCUAAUGUGCUUCACCCAGGAGCAGUAAGAACAUCGAUCGCAGCCAGAGAUAAAAAAUUGCUGAAUACUAUUACAACAACGAUCUUUGGACUUUUUGCUCUGUACACAAAGUCUCCCAUUCAAGGUGCCCAAACAAUACUUUAUCUCGCCACAGCUCCAGAAGUCGAAGAAAAGAGUGGCCUUUACUGGGAAAAUUGUGCAGUUCAUUCCCCCAUAAACAAACUCGAGAAUGACGAGGAUACCCAGAACAGAUUAUAUGAAAUCAGCAAUCUUCUUGUCAAGAAGUAUAUUUAG